AUGGAAAAAUGGCAAAAUAAAGUAGUCCUAGUCACGGGAGCCGCGCAGGGAUUGGGUAAAUGUAUCGCCCAAUCGUUGGCCAGCAAUGGGAUGAUCGUUGUCGCUUGCGAUAUACGCGCGGAUAAAUUAGAGGACUUGGUCAAGAACUACAAAGGCAAACCAGGCGAAGCCGGAUCUAUCGAAGCCGUCAAAUGCGAUAUAUCUAAGGUUGAAGAUAUUCUAAGACUCUUUUGUCACAUAGAACAAAAAUUUAAGACAUUACACGCGUGCGUAAAUAACGCUGCCGUUGGUAGGGAAGAAUCGGAAAAAAGCGAGAUAUACGAAAGUUGGAAAUAUAUAUUGGAAGUGAACGUAUUGGGUGUAGCCAUAUGUUCUAAAGAAGCGGUAAAUCUGAUGACCAAGCUCGGCGUGGUCGAUGGACUGAUAGUUAACAUAAGUAGCGUAAUGGGAAAGCAGGUCUCUUUAUCUACGUUAGACGAGGAGUUCGGUUUUUACAAUCACAUGUACGUAGCGACGAAACACGCGGUUACAGCUCUGACUCAGUGUCUGAGACUGGAGAUACAGCGGAGAACCUACGCCAGUGCAAAGAAUAUCUAUGAAAAAUAUAGUAAUUUAUCCCCGGAGGAUGUAUGCGACGCUCUUCUGUUCGUUUUUAAAUGUGAUAACAAUGUACAAAUAGAUGAUAUGAUGAUAACUCCAGUGCGACAUCCUGGAAAAUUGUGA